AAUAAGAGUAUAAAAGGAUUCUUCAUUUUUUUCAGGUGAUAGAGUACCUUCUUUAAAGUUUCAUCUAAAAUAAUGAAGAAUCUUAGACCCAUAUGUUUUCUUGUUUUCUUCAGCUACGUUCAAUGCCAAACUCUACAGAGAAGUUUACUAGCUGCAGCCUUGAACCACACUAAUAGGCAGAAUUAUCUGCAAGAGAACUUAAGAGACAUUACUAGCAUUAUGGUUGCUCAGUUUCUUCAGAAAUCAACUUAUCAAGAAGUACAAACCAUAGUUGAAGAGUUGGUAGAUCGUGCAGAGAAGUGCAAGGUCCUCAAGCCACAGGAAUCACCGUCUGAAUGCUCUCACCAGUUGAUGACUACCUUCCUAGAGCAUGUUUGUAACAACCAAGGAAUGGCUGACAAACAGGAGUUUUCUGACUGUUGCAAUGUAAAUAACAAAGCAAGACUCAAGUGCUUCCUAUUAUACAAAAAAGAUGACACAGAAUAUAGCGAUGUAUUCCAAAUUCCAAAUCUCGAGCAGAUCUGCGAGGUAGACAAAGAGAAUCAAGCAUCAGUGAAGGAGAGGUACAUUUAUGAAACAUCUAGAAAGCAUCCAUUCUUGUAUGGACCUACUAUUCUGACCAUGUCUGCUUGCUAUGAAACAGCUAUUCGGUCAUGUUGCCAAGAAGUAAACAAAACUGAGUGCUUCCAGAUAAAGUUAGAACCCAUCAGGAAAUACGUGAGAGAAAUAUCUUUGAGGCAUCACCAUUUAUGUGAAAUUGGGAUUAAAUUCAACCACAAAGUAUCAAAAGCAGUGGAAUUGGUUCUGCUGACUAAGAAACAACCGAAAGCUAGCUUUUCUGAAAUUGCCAAACUGGCCGGGGAUGUUAAAAAUCUGCAUCAGACCUGUUGUGAAGGAGAUGUGGUAGCCUGUGUACUUGGCAGGAGCCAGCUUAUGAACGAUACCUGUUCUAAACAGUCGACCCUAUCCAGCAAAAUCACUCCCUGCUGUGCACUGUCCGUGCCAUUCCGAGGGGAAUGCAUUAUCAACUCAGAAAAUGAUGACAAACCUGAUCUUUCAUCUCUGCCACUCAGCAGGUUUACAGAAGACCGAUUUGUAUGCAAGCAAUUCAUCGACAAGCAAGAUGAUCUCCUGCCAGAGUUUCUUUAUGAAUAUUCAAGAAGACAUUCAGAAUUGGCAGUUUCUGUGAUUUUAAGAGUGUAUACAGUAUAUCAAAAUUUAUUGGGAAAAUGCUGUAAAUUAGAAAAUCCUCUGGAAUGCUAUAGCCAUGGGAAAGAGAUGUUCCAAAGAGUGGUUGGUGAAAGCCAUGAGCGUAUAAAAAAUCACUGUGAUUUACGUGAGAAAUUAGGAGAUGCUAACUUCCAUGACAGGCUCAUAAUCCUUUAUACUAAGAAAGUCCCACAACUAUCUGCUCAAGAGUUGGUUACGCUCACGAAGAACAUGGCAGCUGCUGCCACCAAAUGUUGCCCACUGAGAGAUGAGCAGCGAUUUGUCUGCAUGGAGGACUCGGCAAAACUAAUUCUUGGAGCUUUAUGCAGAAGACACGAAGCAGAGCCUAUCAAUGCUGGUGUGGGUCACUGCUGUGAGGACUCAUAUGCCUUCAGGAAGCCAUGCUUUGAUGAUCUGCAGGUAGAUAGAACUUACAUUUCUCCACCUUUAUCCUGUGACCAAGUCAUCAGCCUUAAAGAGGACUUGUGCAAAGCUCGGGAGGAGCAAUUCCAAACUGAGAAGCAAAAGCUCCUGAGCAAUCUUGUGAGGCAGAAACCACGGGCAACGGAGAUGCAGGUCCGGUCAAUUAUUGCAGAUUUCGCUCACCUGGUGGAGACGUGCUGCCAAGCAGAGGAAAGUGAAAUGUGCUUCAGAGGAGAGGGGUCCAAACUGAUUGAAAAGUGCCAGUCUCUCUUGGGACACAAAUGAUCCCAGAAAAUGUCAGUGUGGAAUCUUUGAUAUAGCAACAUGACAGUUACACCUGCCAUCUUGUCCUCAUAGACUGCCUUGAAAAUGGACUUCUUCCCCGUUCAGUUCCUGAAACCAACGUGAACGGCCCUAAGCAAAAUCCCAUAGCAACACUGCCUAACUGAACAUUUCAUAUAGCCAAGAGAUAAUAAAAUAUACCACCAAAUCAGAGAAAACCAUACAGAAAAGAUUCUAUAUUUCUUUAGCUACUGGGUCCGAUUUGUGAAAAGGAUGCAUGUAUACAGGAGCUUUUAGAAAAACAUUUCAUAUAACUCAUUUGCACAUUCUUUUAUUCACUGAUUCACUAAUUCAUUAAGUCUUUUAUUCAAUUGAUUUUUAUUAAGCACAUCCUAUAUACAAAACACAGCAUUAAAUUCAGCCAAGUAUACAAAGAUGAAUGUAACAGGUCCUCUACCAUUAAUAAGUAUAACAUUACUGGGGUUGAAUUUGAACUAAUAUGCAACUGGUAAUAAAAAACCUGAGCCACCUGAAGCAAGGAUAAAGAGUUUUAUGACAAAAGUUUAUACUCUUGUAUUAUGCAAAGAUGCCUCCGAAUAGAUUUUUCUCUCUGAAAUUGUAUUGCCAUGUAACAAAUUAUCCUAAAAUUUGGCAUACUACAACAACCAUUUAUUUUCUCAUACAUUUUCCAAAGAUCAGGAAUCCAGGAGUGGGUUAGCUGGGUUUUCUGGCUCAGGGUGUCUCAGGAGGCUGUAGUCAAACUGUUAGGGCUGUGUCAUCUGAAGGCUUGACCGGGACCAGCCCAUGGCCCACUCAUCUGGCUGUGGACAGGAGGCCUCAAUUGUUGCUGGCUCUGGCAAAGGUCUCUGUUCCCAUGAUGCAAAUCUUUCUCUGGGGCUGCUCUCGCCAUGGUAGUCGGCUUCCCCCAGAGCCAGUGACCCAGGAGAAUGAGCGAGAAGGACGCCACAGCGUUAUAUGACCUAGUUGCCCAAAUCGCACACUGUCACUUCUGCUGUCCUCUGCUCAUCAGGAUUGAGUCACUAGGUCCAGUCCAUUUGCAAGGUGGGAAGGAUUAGGCCCCACCUCUUGAAAGGAGGAAUAUCAAAGACUUUAUGAAUAUAUUUUAAAACUACCACAGAAGCGAAGUUAAUGUCUUAUUAAAUAAUUUUAUUUUUCUGCAUCUGGUAGGACUCUGUGCUUGCAUGCACUUGCUACUUCUUGUUGGUAGCUUUCUAAUCAUAACUUAUCUAUGCCCUAAUUCAAAAAGUACCACGUGUUUAUUAUAGGCUAUUUAAUAAGCAUAGAAAAAUAAGAAAUGAUUCACCCAUAAUUCUACAAUUCAGAUAUAACCACAUCUAAUGUGUUUUUGGUUAGUGUACACACACAAACAUAUUUUAUGGAUAAUAGAUAUUUUGAAUAUUUGUAUGUAUAUUCUUAUUUAGAUAUCGGAUAUGUAAGAAGAAUUUCUUCCAUAAUUACAAUUUAUUUGGAAACAUAAUUCUAAUAGCUGCAUAAUAUUCUGUGGGUAAAUGUUUUUUCCUUCUGUUUUUUUCCAUAAUUUUGAAAUUUUAGGCUAUUUAAUUAUUUUUAUCACAAUAGCAAUAUAAUAAGUAUCUUUGCACAAUGGCUUUGUAUGACUGAUUAUUUCAAUAUAGGAUCCUCUAAGCUGAAUUAUAGGAUGAACUUACUGCUGAACUGCUUUCAAGAAAAGUUAUAUCCACUUGUACUUCCACCAGUAGUCUCAGUGGCCAUCUGAUUGUAAUUUGCUGAGUAUUUAAUCUCAUUUCUUAAUCUUUGCCAAUAGACCAAAAAGUGCAUUUUGCUUUUCUUAA